AUGUCGGGAAGCAGCGCCCCUCCCCCCCAAGAGAAAUUCGAAGAGCCGCCGCCAGUCAUCACAACGCCGUGCAGCCCCUGGCCACCCCCAUACUACCUCGAAGAUGGCUUGCGGAAGGUGACGCCGUAUCAUUUCACCUACAACACGUACUGUAAAGAGCGCUGGCGGGGCCGGGAGAUAUUCGAUAUUUUCGCGUCGGAAUUUAGGGACCGCCCGCAGGAGUACUAUGAGAAGGCUAUCCUCGAGGGCCGUGUGACCCUGAACGGCAAGCCCGUCCCCUCUACCUCCACUAUCGUGAAGAAUGGGGACAUCAUAUCGCAUACCUGCCAUCGCCAUGAACCCCCCACAACCGCUCAGUCCAUCGGCAUUGUCCAUGAGGAUGAUGACCUCAUCGUCAUCAACAAGCCUGCCGGCAUACCUGUUCACCCUGCUGGACGCUACAACUUUAACUCCAUCAUCGAGAUCAUCAGGGCCGACAGGGGCUAUAGCUUAAACCCCCUGCCUUGCAACCGUCUCGACAGGCUUACCAGCGGCAUCAUGUUCAUUGGGAAGCACCGGCGGGCGGCCGACGAGUUCAGCGUGCAAUUGAGAGACAGAAGCGUUAGGAAGGAAUACAUCACAAGGGUGGUAGGAGAAUUCCCUGAAGGCGAGAUUGUCUGCGAAAAGCCCAUUCUACAAAUCAGUCCGAAGCUCGGCCUUAACUGCGUCAGGGCAAACGGGAAAGAAGCAAGAACUGUCUUCAAACGACUGGCUUACUACCCCCCGCAAGAUGGUAGCAAGGAAGACAAAGUACAGGACGACGAGAACCACGAGGGCAUGGCAUGGAAGAAGCUUAGAGGUUACUCAAUAGUUCGCUGCUUUCCCCUUACUGGUCGGACCCACCAGCUCCGCGUUCACCUCCAAUUCCUGGGUCACCCCAUCUCUAACGACCCCAUCUACGCCAAUCAGCGCGUCUUCGGGCCUUCUCUAGGCAGAGGGCGCUCGGACGCUGAGAAAGACGAAGACAUAAUGACACGCCUCUCUCGCAUGGGCAAAGACGAAGUCGCAGACGCAGUCGCAUAUCACGACGAGGUGGUCGAUGCGUACCACAAGCGCAAGGCCGAGAAGAUGACGGGCGAGACAUGCAGCGUUUGCGACACUCCACUCUACAGCGACCCAGGUGUGCAUGAGUUGGGCAUCUAUUUACAUGCUCGACGAUACCGUUGCGAGGAAGGGCGGUGGGACUAUGAGACUGACUUACCGGGUUGGGCACUUCCGCCCCCAGGCAUGGAAGGCCCCACUACAUCCACCAGAGAGUCAGAUCACCUUGUAGUUGACCUGAAGAAGCUGGACCUGGAGUGUGAUGACAAAUUAGGCGACCAACAGGCACAGCCGGCACCAAACCAGGUGGUUACUGGGAUAGCCGCUUGA